CCACCCGGGGGACGAGAACAACGAGGAGGUGGCGACGCGGCGCAGCAAGAUGGUGGAGUACAAGUCGCACCUGACGAAGCAGGAGGAGGUGAGGAUUGCGGCGGAGCGCGAGGAGAUCAAGCGUGCGCGCCUGCUGCGCAGUGGCGGCGAGAGUGCUGCGGCGCAGAUCACGAGCGGCUCGCUGCGCGCCGACAACGCGGCGAAUGCGCAGCUGGAGUGUUGAUCAUUUUUUCGGGCUAUGCCCCGAGUUGGUGCUUUCCUGUAUUGAAACGUUGGGUUAGGUGUUGCCUGGUUUUCCUGUUUUGUGAUGCGAUGUUCUGUGGGAUGAGCGUGCGGGUAGACUCUGAUUUGGUUGGUGUGGCUUUGUGCGUGAGUGAUCUGUGGCGCUUGUUGGAGUUUGUAUAUUUUUUUUUUUUUUGGAUGUAUGUCUAUUUUAUUUGUCUGCGUGUGCGUGUGUGUUUAUGUAUACGUUCUGUUUUGAAGAAUUAUAUAAAUUUUUUAUAG